AUGUCUCACCCAAACUACAACCCAGCUAUAGAAGUAUCCCGCGCAGCCAUCGAUCCAUCAGUCAAGAUCACGGAGGACCUGCUAAACAGCCUGCUGUCUAACUACUUGGCAGCCUUCCGUGGAGGAUACCCAGGCAUCGCGGACCAACGUUUCAAGCAUAUCGAAGGGUCGGCGGCUCAGUAUAUCCUAGAACUCGCACAAUUCCCCAUAUUUAAUACAUCACAAGAGCUACUCGACGCCUUCUCAGAUAAAGAGCGCAAGUCAAGCAAGGAGAUCAAGAACAAGAUUGCUACGGCAGCAAAGACAGGCCUAAACGUCCUCCUUAAACGCGCCAACGUGAUCUGCACCACAGUCUCAGUCGCAACACAGCAGGCCGACGCCGAUAAGACCGUAUUAUCACCUAAGUCGCCUUUCCUCCCCUAUGAUAUGUCGAGCGAUGGCCCUACCUACAGCCUAAAUUGGAUCUUGUCUCUGCAAUCUGCAACGGAAUUCGGCUUAGGUCUUACGCCCUUAAUAAAGGCGACUAACCGUGACCUAUUCGAUAACGACGGUUUUAACUCGAAAGCUUUCGCGGACACCCUUAAUAAUACUAACGACGAGGAUAUGCCAGAAGAUGCACACUUCUACGCAGACUGGCCACUUAACAGCCUAUAUAAGGAGGGCAAGCGCGAGCGGCUCCUUAAUAUGCGAAUCGUGGAUGUAAUCGAAGCACACGAUAACAGUAUAUUACCUAAGAACCUCCUAGCUAAAGCAUAG